AUGGGCAGGAGCAUUUUAAAACCAGGACAGGUGCGAGCGUCGGUGAGCUUUUUGGGAACUACCAGGGUGGACAUUGGGAAAUUUGUGCCGCUGCGGAAUGAGAAGGUGGAAUUGGCCCUGGACAAGGUGUUCCGGCAGCUGGGUCUCAAACGGGAGCGACCUAACCUGGUUGCCGAGGUUGCAAAGUUCAAGACGAUCCCACACGAGUACAAACCAAUACAAAAAGUGCAGUGGUUCCACUUUGACCCGAAAAAAUACAACAUUUCGCAACAGGACCUCGACAAGGCGCCGGGACAGGUUCCUGACUCGCCCCUCGGAUACGUGACAAAAGACACCCCGAUUGCCGCAAACUACCAGGAACUCAGGGGCGUCCAGGCCACGUUGUGCUCGAUCGCCAUGGAGACGCACAUCGGACACAUCAAGCCGGCUUACAGGUGCGAUUAUUUCACCUUGUGGUACUAUCCAGAGUCAUAUUACAUGGGCCAGAUCCGCAAGAGCCGGCCGGGUCUGAUGCUUCAGUACGACAACAACGCGUUCCUGAACACGCUCGCGUCGCGCGGGGUGAAAUUCGGCAAGACGCUGAGCAAAGACGCAGCUGGUUACUACCCGUUUAUUUUAUCCGUGCACCGCACAAAGACCUCCAAGUUCUACCGGAAAACCUUCUUCGAGCAUUUCACAGCCAACAAGAUGAUAGACCAAUGGGACGGCCUGUACCGCUUCCAGCUGUACUUGCGUCCUGUGCUGAAAAAGGACUUCGAAAAUCUCGAGUUCCAUAUCCAGAAGAGUCUGGAGUAUGUGCGUCGCUACCGGGCAGCGCCAGAGCCAAAGGCUCGCCUGGACUGGAAGAAAAUCGAUAGCGUGUCCAGGCUGUACGGGCUGCCACCUUUAGUCCCGCGCCAGCGAACAUAG